AUGUCACCGAUCAAAGUAUUAGCAACUUUGGUGCUCUUCGUAGCCAUCAGCUGCGCAUCUCCAAUCCAAGAAACCAACACCAUCGAGGACACCUUAGCUCAUUACAUCCAAAACCAAGAGAUCAACUUCGACCUUCCAGCUGUGGGAUCUGCAGUAUCUUUAUCAGCGAGGAAUUUAGACGAUGAUGAAGUUGAUGUUAAAGUGAAACUUUCAACUGGAGCUGAAGCUCGCAAAUCAUCAAAAUUGAAGAAAAUCUUCGCUCCAAUUCUCAUCUUGGUCAUCCUGAAAGCCAUAACUUUGAUCCCUCUGGCUUUGGGACUGCUCAGUUUGAAGACGUGGAACGCUUUACAAUUGGCUUUCGUCACGUUCAUCAUCUCGAUUUCGUUGGGAGUUUACGAGCUCUGCAAGAAGAUCGCAGCUGAUCACGUUCCACCAGUCAUCACUCAUUCUGCACCGUGGAGGAGCAGGUCCAUGGAUGAUGAUGAAGAGGAGGAAGCACAGAAGAUGGCUUACUCAGCUUACGCUAAUUGA